AUGGGUAAAGAAGAGGCUGUAUCCAAUGUUCCCUUGGAUGGUCGAGUUUUGUGGAAUAAAUUUGGUGAAUAUCGAACUCGUCUUAAUAAUUACAAACAUCUGAGUUGGAUUAUUUUGCUUGUCUCUGCUCUUAAUGUGGUUCUCAUUGGUGGAAAAAGACGGGCCUUUGGAAUUUUUGUUUCAGCACUUCAUAAUGACUUCACGAAUACAUCGAUGACGGAAUUAAAUUGGAUUGGAGAUAGCUAUGCUGCUGUCGGGUUCUUUCUUAUGCCAUUUAUGACCACCCUUAUUGUCCAUGCUGGUAGAGCUUACCGUACUGCUAUGGUGGCCGCUGGAGUUUUCAUUUUUGUAAGUUGUUUCACCUCUGCAGCUGUGCCUUCACCCGGAUAUCUCUUCGCUACUCAUACUGUUCUUCACGGAAUAGGAUCCACGCUUAUUCUUUGUACAACCGCUUUAAUUACUGGCGAAUACUUUGAUAAAAAGCAUCGGUUUCACGUUCUUGCAACUGCGUUUGUAUCAGGUGGCCCUUAUGGAGUUCUCAUUUUUGGACCCCUUUUCUCACUCUGGAUUCAUAACUAUGGUUGGCGUGAAGCCUUCCAAAUUUGUGGUACUGUCUUUCUCAUGUUUAAUCUUCUAGCCGCUGUAAUUUUUCAACCAAAACAGAAUGAAAGCUAUGAAGAGUUUGCCAAUAAUGAAGAACAGAUGGAUCUCGAGCCUGUUGAACACACUGCUUCAAGUGGUCGAGGAUGGGCAUUAAUUUCAAUAAAUCAUCUGAAGGAAAAUUUGCAAAUUAUUUUUUGGGCUCUUGAUAGAUUAAUUCACAAUUUCGUGAUGUACGGAUUACUGAUGAAUAUGACCGUUUAUGUUACGGAAGCGAUGGAAGACAAGAUCUUGGAUGGUUCAAAGGUUAAUCUUUACUUUGGAAUUGGUGAGUCACUCAUAUUCACUGGAGGAGCCUUGAUUGGGGAUAGAAUUCGUGGUUACCUCGCGUUGUUCUACAUGAUCGGAGCCUUAUCAGGAGCUGUUAUACUUCUUAUAAUGCAACGUUUGUACCAAAAUGUGAAAGCUGUGCUAGUUCUAGCGGGUUUUCUUGGCGCCGCAGUAGGUACUGGGAACACCUUUCUCUACGCAACUUCAGAAGAAGUUAUACAAAUUCAUGGAUCCAUUGCUUUUCCAAUGACAAAGAUGAUUGCUGGUAUUGGAAUGCUUCUCGCACCCCUUCUUUCAGGAACCGUGAUUGAUACUUUUUCAUUCAAAGGUUUCUUUAUUUCCAUGGCAAUUCUUGUCUGCAUUCGAGGUGGCCUUUUCAUCAUUAUUUGUGUACUACUAUGGAGAAAAAGAAUAAUUCAAAACAGAAAAAAACUGGAACGGGAAAAGGGUGAAGAGGUGAUGAAACUUCAGCCAACAAAAAUCCCAACAGCUCCAAUUUCAGGAGAGUUUGAAGAAGGACUGGCAAACGGUCGCUAA